AUGGAGACGCUUCCAGGGUACCCUGUGAAGUCUCCUCUUCCAAAAACACGAAUGUAUGUGGUUUUCCUAAGUAUAGCGAUAUGCAUGGGUACUUUGUUUUUAUUACAGACGAAAAUACCUAAACACAGAAAAACAAAAGAUUUUUAUUCUUUCGAUGUGCGGGAUAUGAGAGGAAGGGUCGUUUCUCUGGAGAAGUACCGAGGAAAAGCGUCCCUGGUUGUAAACGUGGCGAGUCGAUGCGAGCACACAGAACGGAACUACAGAGCGUUGCAGGAGCUGCAUCGAGAGCUCGGUACAUCGCACUUCAACGUACUGGCGUUCCCCUGUGGCCAGUACGGUGAAACCGAACCCGGCACCAACCGCGAGAUUGAAACCUUUGCAAAAUCAAACUUUGGCAUCACGUUUCCUAUCUUCAGCAAGAUAAAAAUAAUGGGUUCCGAAGCCGAUCCUGCCUUCAGAUUUUUAACAGAUUCAGUAAAGAAGAUCCCAAAGUGGAACUUCUGGAAGUUUCUCGUGAACCCGGAAGGGAAAGUGGUGAAGUUCUGGAAAGGAGAGGAGCCAAUUGAGGCAAUCCGGCAGGAGGCUACGGCGUUGGUGCGCGAAAUUAUUCUGAGGAAGAGGGCUGAGCUUUGAGGUCUCGCUCUCUCUCUCAUUGGCUCACCCUUAACAGACACCGUCUGAUUGGCUUUUUCCAUGUUUAUAUGAUGGUGCACUUUUCAUUGUUUGAAGCCCCUGAAACCCGAAACCCAGAACCCAGAACCUUGGACUGUGCUGAGUAAACCUGUAGCUCCUGUCCGAGCUGAUUAUACCAGGACUCAGAAACAUCUCUAUAUAUGCCUUCACCUGGGCCUCUAACUCCUGUGGAAUUCUAUGGCUUGACUAUUGUUCAUUAUGUAAUAUACAAUACUGUAUAUAUGGACAAUAUACAGAUUUAAGACAUUGGAGAGUUUUCAAAUGGGGGAUGGGAGAUGCACUGACAAUCAAGAAUUGUGAACAUGGCUAUUAAAUGUUAACCUUGGAGUAUUUUAGUAAUGCUGUAAUCUGAUUUUUUGUUUGCACAGACAUUGUUAAAUCUGGUCCUGGAUGUUCGUCACUGCUGUCUUCAAUGUGUUAAAAGUGACUGGUAAUGAGAAUUUUGUUACGUAAGUGGAACUGCAUGUGCUUUCUGUGCAGUGUGGGGACUGUUUCCUCCCAGUGAAAGGCCUAAGGCCUGGCUCUGUGUGACAAUUGCCCCAGUGACAAGGGGGUGAUGUUAACUGCAUGUUUCAGCACUAUGAGGUUAUUACAUCACAAUUACUUAUUUGCUGAGCAAAUGCCUGUAUCCAAGGGUCUAACCAUUUUGUCAUGCUGCUGCCCAGUAUGUAUGUGGUAAGGAAAUGCAGAAAUUUUUCAUUUUCAUGCAAAUUAUUGCACAUAAUCUUUCAUCUGAGACAAAAACCUAAGACUGUUCUUUAGACCAUGAAGAGCUCUGAGGAAGUGACCCUGCUACCCCCUUCUGUCAGGCCAAGAGCAUGACAGGUUCCAUUGGGGAAGAGCCUUAGUCUUCAGCUUGGCAAAAUAAUUUCUCUUUGAAUGCCAUGCAGAUAUCAAAGGUCACAGCUCAAAAUCUGCAUAAAAGCCCACUUCUGGCACAGUUUUUUGGCAGACAUUCCAUUUGUUUAAUUAUAAAGUUGUGCACAAAAAUAUUUAUGUGAAAAUAUCCACACAUCAUGGAAACAAGCUGUAGUGACUAAAACGUGUGGCUUGUACAGUAGAGAGCAGUGCCCCUGUGCAGUAGACUGUUCUGAAAUAAAAGAAACACAGAGAUAGGGCUGUGAAACUUUGCUGUAUUUAGUUUGUUGUGAACACAACUUUAGCCACAAGGUACAACACAAAGUCCCAAAAGCUGGAUAAAUGAUUGGCAAGUGGACUGGAACAGGCAGUCUGCCACAGGCAAGACUGG